AUGCCGGAUGAACGUGGAGCGUUUCAGAAGCACAGCUUAUCGAACAAUUUCCUUUCUGAGUGCUCACUUUUCACAUACAUGGCCCCAAAGCAGCGUAUGACCGUUGCCAAUUCGCAAUUCAGUAAAAACGUCGUGAACCGCGGAAACGUUGCCAAAUCCCUGAAACCACAAGAAGACAAGUAUCCGGCCGCUCCAUGGCUCAUCGGACUUUUUGUGUUCGUGGUGUGUGGGUCAGCCAUUUUCGAGAUCAUAAGAUACGUCAAAAUGGGAUGGUAA